CUGUUUUUGGCAACAGCAGCAGGUGGCGCUGAUUGAAGAGAUAGCAGCAGCCCACAAGAAGAAGGGGCUCUCGUUUGCACUGCUAUGUCGACACAUUCCGCCGCCGUUGGGCAGCAACAACAGCCUGCACUGGCAGCAGAUGAGAUUUUGCUGCUCCAUGCGCCACCACCUGCCCUGCUCUGCCGCAUCUGCCACGGGCUCUUGGUCGAUCCAGUCAUCAGCGUCGCGUGCGGCCACACUUUCUGUCGAGCAUGCGUGCAGCCGCCAGCAACACCGCGCAGCCGCCAGCAAGACAGGCGGCUGCCGCAGUCAACCGCAUCGACGCCGGGACAGCUGUACACCCGUCCCCCUGGCCAUGGCGAUGGAAGCGACACGAACCGCACGCCAUCGCAGCUCCGCCUCACCCAAUCCAUGAUGGAUCCGCAACGGUCCGAGCACAGCUUUGGCAGCCCCACGGCUCCCGGUGGCAUGUUGUCACCACCGCCACAACAACAACAACAGCAGCAGCAGCAGCAGCAGCAGCAGCAGCAGCAAACCUUGGAGCGUUCACAUGGGGGAUCUGCAUCAUCCCCACUCUUCUCUGCAGAUGCACAGACCACCGACGUUGAUGCUGCGCUUGCGAACGCAGACAGCGCACAACACAGCCAAGCAUCGCCGUCAUCAGCUUCGCUGUCGUCCAUGCAGCAGCAGCAGCAGCAGCAGCAGCAGCAGCAGCAGCAGCAGCAGCCAGCGGCGGCCAUCACGUGCCCGAUCCACAACAUCGUGCUACAGGGCACCCCGCUCGUCCCCAACAUUGCCAUUGAGGAGCAGGUCGCCUUGGUUGCCCUCUACUGCCCAUAUGUGACGGUGGUGGAGAGCGAGGAGGUGCCAGAGGACGCAGCACCCGUCUUCACGCGCUAUGCGAGGCGCAUUGGCUUCAUCAGCUUCUCCAGCAAGUGCCGCUUCACAGGCACGCGUGCAGAGGUUGAGGCACACAGGUCCGCGUGCGCAUGUGCGCCGCGGCCCUGUCGCAACAGCGAGCGCUGUGGCCUCAUCCCUGCUGACCAGAUGCACAUGCACCUGGCCACGUGCCCUUACACCAAGUGUCGCAACAACGUGUUUGGCUGCCGGCAGCGGGGCCAUCCAGCAGACAUGGCGCACCACGAGAAGACGUGCAUGUUUGCCAACUCGCCGCUGGCGCAGCAAGGGCGCAUGCUCUCUGAGCUGGAGGCCGGCUUCCACAUCCUGGCGGAGAACAUGAAGAAGAUUACCCGUCGCAUAUCUGCCAUGGAGAUGAAGCAGACAGGGCUGCAGCGGGCCGUAACCGCCACCAAUGGCCAGCACGCCGCCACCGCAACACCAUCGUCGUCAUCCGCCACCGUGAUACCGACACCAACCACAGAUGGCCGGCCAAUGAUGACGACCACCAUGGCAGAGCAAGAUGGUGUGGAGAUCGCGUACGUGUCACCGGCAGCACGCGCGUUGGCGAUAUCGGGAACAGCCACGCCUCGUGGACCUGUCUCUUCCGUGGAUGCUGUUCGCAAUGGCGGUGCAAUUGAUGGUGGUGGUGCUCGUGUUGAUGGUGGUGUGGAUGGUGAUGGCGAUGUUGGCAACGCGGGUACCCGCGACCCACGUGGAAGCCAGCAGCACUACUGGAACCAGCAGCAGCACCACCACGGUGGGCAGCGCGGAGGCCGAGGUGUUGGUGAGACACCUCUAACCGAUGCCAUGACAGUACCCUAUCACCACCCUCAAGACCAUCAACAUCAGCAGCAGCAACGGCAGCAGUUUGGGGAAGUCGGGGAGGAAGACACUGCGCGCGGCCCGAUGUAUGGGCAAGGUCGUGGUGAUGCCAGCAGACCAACAAUGGCAGCAGCAAGUGCCGACGUGCAAUCCAACGGCACUGCGUCACCAGCGCCAUCGUCACAGGCUGAAUCCAUCACCUCCACCACCGCCACAAAGGGAACACGCAGGUCCGCCACAGCCGCCACUACCAGCGCUACUGCCGUUCAGCACUCGGCGCUGCCUGGCCAGCAUGUGCGGGGCAUGUUUCUCAAACCGCAGGAUGUGUUUGAUUCGCGCGGGUGCCUUGCUAUGCCCUUCCACUUCCAGUGCAUCGGCACAUUUGGGGCGCACACGGGGCCCGUGUGGUGUCUGGCGGCAUACGAGACGCUCAUGUUCACGUCGGGAUCGGAGGAGACAAUCAACGUGUGGGAUUUGGGCCGGGACGAGCCCGCGCGUGUGCAUGUGCUGGCAAGUCACACGGCGAUGGUGCACUCACUCACGUGCAAAGGACAGCGCCUCUUCAGCGGCGACGCAGACGGCAUCGUCAAGGUGUGGAACGUCCUUACCUUUGAGUGCCUGCUCACCUUCCAAGCAACAGAGCACAUUUGUGCUGCCAUGACCUGCGCCAAACACUUUCUCGUGACGACGUCGUUCUCAAGCAUCUCCGUGUGGGACACGAUCAAGGGCCGGUGCUUGUACAGUGUCAACGACGAUCUCAAUCAUUGGGUCCGCGCCGUCGCACACGACCCGAGCGAACAAGUCGUUGUCACCGCAACACACAACGUUAUCCACGUGUGGUCGAUCCCAUCGUUCAAGUGCGAGCAGCGGCUAGAGACAACAAAGGGCUCCAUCCACAGCCUUGCCGUGACCUCGCAGUACAUCAUCAGCGGCACGUACAACCGCAACAUUCACCUGUACCGCCUCGACACGCUGGCACACGUUGGCGAGAUCCGCGGCCAUCUCGGCACCAUCCACGCCCUCAGUGCGUCGCCCUGCGGUCAAUUCCUCUUCUCAGCCUCCAUCGACGCCACCGUACAGAUUUGGAAUCUGCAGAACCGGCUGCUGAUACAAACGCUGAUCCGGCACGAUGGCAGCGUCAACGCCCUUCUCUUUCACAAGAGUCUUCUCUUCUCUGGUUCCGCAGACAAGACGCUCAAGGUGUUCAAACCGCACCACGGGCUGGCGCCGAAAGCGGAGGCGCAACCGCCGCAGGACUCAAGCCUGCAGGCAUGCUGGGGCGGUGGCAAGCUGCCGCCCGCUUACGCCAUGCUCGCCCAGGAGAAAGGCAAGCGAAAGACGCCCGCGAUUGACAAAGUCAUGUCACCGGUGGCGUCACCAUCCAAGAUGAGACCCGACCGCUCCCCCUCCAUUCGCUCCUCAGCCGCGGACACGAUCAGCAACACGUCUGUGUCCCCUGCAUCCACGCGUCGGUCCACAGCAACCGUGAAUCAGCAUCCGUCACACCGCUCACGUGACGUCUCGCCCAUGAUGGGCGCAGACACACGCAGCCGCGAUGUCACGCCAACACAUGCACACGCACACGCACACGUGCGUAAUACCAGCGCUACCAGCAACAACUACUUCAGUCCGCAGUACGCAUCGCCCCAGGUGCUUUACCAACACCAGCAGCGGGAAGGCGAGCGCGUGGGACGCGCCCUCGACGACGGACUUGGUGUGUUGCCGCUGCAGCCAUCACCCAACAGCACGAACACGGGCAAGUCACCCAAUACAGCAGCCGUGACAGCAGCAACAGCAACAGGAGCGGUGGUUGUUGCGUCGUCGCCAGCGUUCAGUACAGCGUCGCCUCUUGGCCGCGCGCUCAACACUGGCGCGGAGGGGGCGAGCACAGGCCCGCUCACGUCCACGCCCACCCGCGCCGUGCCCGGUGGUGACGGAGGCGUGGCCCCGACGCAGCGGGCAGACGAGGGCGACCGCUAUCAGCAGCAGAUGCAGCCACGGGUCGGUGCAGUGGAGGGGCGGCGUCCCAUGCCAGGUGUGAUGAUUCAGCCCCCGACCCCAUCUGCAACGGCAGCACACAUGCCGCACCCAGAGUACGAACAAGCACAAACUCCGGAACAUCAGCAGCAACAACAGCAACAGCAACAGCAGCAGCAGCAACAGCAACAGCAGCAACAACAGCAACAGCAGCAAUCACAGCCGUGGGUGCUUCGAUCAAUGACGAAAACGCCCCACCUGUCGCGUUCACCCUUUGCUCUGCGUCGUCAUGGCAGCGGCAGCGGUCAUGGUCAUGGUGGUGGGGACGGCUCGGCCAACUCGAGCACACGGGGACGCCGCUCCCCGCACAUGCGCAGCGCCAUCAGCGUUGAGUCUGUCGAUCGCACCGCCCGCGCUGGCGAGAGCGUUGAUGGUGAUGGUGGCGGAGACGGUGAUGGUGGUCGUGACCAUGCACACGAAGAUGGUGACGGAGAAGGUGAUGUGUCGCUCCUGUUUGCGGCGCGGCCUGGCCGUGUGCGGCCUGGUUUGAACACGGCAGCGCUUGCACGCGUGGCGCAGCAGCAGGAGGCGCUACAACGGCACCUACAGCAGCAGGAGCAGCGGCUGCAGCAGUGGCACGACCAGCAGCUUCAGCUCAGGCAAGGGCAGCCGCAGCAACAGCUUCAGCAGCAGCAGCAGCAGCAGCAGGGCGCUGAUGUCGGUGGUGGUAAAGCAGUGGGCGGGGGUGUAGAGUAUGAUGAUGGUGGCCAUGAUGGCGAGGCUGUGGAUCACGGUCAUGGUGACGGGGCGAGCAGGAACGGAGGCAGCGUGCGGGGUCGGGUGGCGUGUGCAGAUGAGGAUGGCGCAUGGCAACCGUGGCGCGAUGAUGGCAACGACGACGACGAUAAUGAUGGUGAUGGCAGUGGUGGCAAAGCUGUAAACCACAGCGCUGGCUUCACUGCCCACCACGCGUCCCAGCCAUACACCUCACAACAACAACAACAACAACAACAACAACAACAACAACAACAACAACAACAACAACAACAACAACAACAACAACAACAACAACAACAACAACAACAACAACAACAACAACAACAACAACAAGAUGUGGUGGCACCUGUAGCAAGCAGUGCAGUCUCUGUUGCAACGACCGAGGAUCGUGCAUCUAUUCCCGUUGACGCCACGCCCUCUGUGAGCGAAGUGGACACACGCGGACACACGCGCACAGACUCCAAGCAAGGCGGACAUGGCGGCAACAGCGAUGGCAUCGACAGGAGAAAGAGCGAUCACGAUGGUGGCCGUCGUCAUGGGGAUCAACAUCAUGAUGGUGAUCACCUUCACGAUCACAGCAACAAUGGCAACAACAACACCAACACGGUCAGGAGUGACGACAAUGACAAUGAUGAUGAUGAUGAUGAUGAUGGCCACGUUGACAAGAGCGGCACCCUGCAUGACGAGACGCGCGAUGGUAGCGAUGGUGGCGAUGGUGGUGGUGCUGAGACGAGCCUGUCGUUCAGCGGUCUCGGUGACCCUCGCAUGCAGACGGCAUCGCUGACGGCGGAGCAGCUGCAGCAGUGGCAGGACGAGCAGCGUGCAGCGAGGAAGCGCGCCGCUAAGAAGAAGGCCCGCAGGCGAAAGCGCAAGCAGGAGCGGCUGGCAGAGACGCGAUCCUCGUCCACAGACCAACUCGACCUACAGCAGCAGCAGCAGCAGAGUGCUAGGAAACGGCGGUCUGGCAGUGGCAAGCGCAAACCGCGAGAGAGCGGAGGUCUUCAAACAACGGCAACUGCGCGCGCAGCAGAUAUGGGAGGAGCCACCCCACUCGCCCCGCUGCCGACACACCCGCACCACAGCGGCAAGGACCACAAGCAUCACAAGCUUGAGAAGCAGCAGCACCAGCACCACCAUCGCCACCACCACCACGAGCAUGCACACUCGACCCCGAAGGCGACACCAUCAAAGGCGGGCAAGGCUGCGGUGGUGACGCGGGCGGAUAUGAAGCUGCAGCACAGCCAGGAGGCCAUCACCCGGUUCAUCGACUCCAACCCGCAGAUGGAAGAGAAGGAUGUGCUGGCCACCGUGCCCGUGGUGACGUUCCCUGGCGAGGAGCAUGCGGCGGCCAAGGGGCAGGCAGAUGACGACGAGCUCACGCGUGUGCUCCACGCGACUACUGGUGAUGCUGAUGCUGAUGCUGAUGCUGAUGCUGGUCGCGGUGAUGGUGGUGGCAUGGGCGGAGGGCGAUUGGAGAGAAGCGGCGGUGAUGAAGAGCUGGAAGCCACAGCCACCUUUGAUUUUGAAUUGCGCGGCAGUACGAAGGGCAUUUCGGAUCGCCUUGCGUCGCUUGACGGUGACCUCACGCGGCUGCUCGCACAAGCGCAGAUCAACGAAGAAGAGAGUGCAGUGUAGUGUAUGUGUAUGUGUGUGUGUGUGUGUGUGUGUGUGUGUGUGGUUUUGGGUAGGUUGCGUGUGCGCACUGUAGCGCGACAUGUGUUCAAUUCGCGCGUCCAUGUAAUCGAUUGAUUGACCGUAUGUCUUGUACAUUCUCGACUGUCAUCGUUUUGUUGGUGUGUAACUUAUUUGGUUGGUUGGUGUGAUUAUGGUGUUCGUGUUGGGGUGCAAGACGUCGGAUGCUGGCGCAUGCAUGCCUGCUCGUGUCCGUGUCCAGGCCGCCACCACCUGUCUAUUUCAUACGACUACAACCAACUGCUAAGAUGCCAUGCGGAGGUUGGAGGCAG